GGGAGGGAGAGGGGAGGGAGCAGGUCCAAGCCCAGUUUGCUCACCCAGCCAGCACUCAGCAGUGCCUGUGCCAAGAGCCAGCUUUCUUAAAGCCAUGGGCCCGGGGGGCCGGCAUUGCAGGCGGAGGGGAGCCCGCAAGCAAGGGCUGGGAAGCACAGAGGGGAGCCCUCAGCCUUUGGGGUCACCAUGGGCAUAAUUCACCUGCGUGCACCCCUGGCCUUCCUUCUUCUCCCUCUUGUUGUGCUUGGGGCACCCACCGAUGAAGCCCACCCCACAGAACCAGCCCCCGGUGCUUGCAAGCGCUGUUGUGACCCACUGGACUCUUCCACAGAUGCCCCACCGCUCCCUCCCAGCCACUACCACUUGCCCUACCCAAUGCCGGAGGUCCGUCCCUAUAUCAACAUCACCAUACUGAAGGGAGAGAAAGGAGACCGGGGAGAGCCUGGGAUGCCAGGGAAAUGGGGCAAAGAAGGACCACGAGGUGAGCGGGGUGCCCAGGGCCAGAAGGGCAGUAAAGGACAGAUGGGCACAGCCGGAGACCCUUGCAAGCAUCAGUACGCUGCAUUCUCCGUUGGUCGCAAGAAAGCGCUGCACAGCAGUGAGGGCUUCCAGGUCUUGAUCUUCGACACCGUCUUUGUCAACCUCUACAGCCACUUCGACAUGUUCAAUGGCAAAUUCUACUGCUAUGUAGGUGGACUUUACUAUUUCAGCCUCAAUGUCCACACCUGGAACUUCAAGGAGACCUACAUGCACAUCAUGCACAACGAAGAAGAGGCAGUCAUCUUGUAUGCCCAACCCAGUGACCGCAGCAUCAUGCAGAGCCAGAGCCUCAUGCUGGAACUUCAGGAAAAUGAUGAGAUCUGGGUGAGGCUCUACAAGCGGGAGAGGGAGAAUGCCAUUUACAGUGACGAUGUUGAUGUGUACAUCACCUUCAGUGGGUACCUGGUCAAGCCCAGCAUUGACUAA